GGUGCCGUUCCAUUUAGCCCAACCAUUCCCGUGUUUCCCGUGGGACAUGGCCACGGAGUCCCUGGCGGAGGUCCCGGUACCUGGCUGUAAUUGCUUCUGGUACUUGGGUGUGGUAGCGGCCGUCUGGUGGGGGCUGAGGGCUGCAUGGUGCUUGCUGGACGGUGCCCGGGUCUGGGUACUGGGGAGUGGAGCGCAGGUGGGCCCCAGGAUCGGGAAAUGGGCAGUGGUUACCGGUGCCACCGAUGGGAUCGGAAAAGCCUAUGCUGAAGAGCUCGCAAAGCGGGGAAUGAAUAUCGUUCUGAUCAGCAGAUCUCCUGAAAAACUCGAAGAGGUCGCUAAACAAAUAAAAGAGAAAUUCAAGGUGGAGACGAAGAUCAUUGCGGCGGAUUUUGGGAAACCCACGGAAAUCUACGGGCGGAUAGAAUCGGGCUUGCGAGAUCUGGAGAUUGGCGUCCUUGUUAACAAUGUUGGCGUUUCUUAUGAACACCCAGAGUAUUUCCUCGAAAUCCCAGACUUGGAAAAUACCCUGGACAAAAUGAUCAAUAUUAACAUUACGUCAGUAUGUCAGAUGACGCGCUUGGUGCUGCCGGGAAUGCUGGGAAGAGGCAGGGGCGUCAUCUUGAACAUCUCCUCCGCCAGCGGCAUGUAUCCCGUCCCCUUACUGACUGUGUAUUCGGCUACUAAGGCGUUUGUGGAUUUCUUCUCCCGGGGGCUCCAAGCCGAGUACAGAAGCAAGGGUGUCACCGUGCAGAGCGUUCUCCCAUUCUAUGUUGCCACCAAACUGGCCAAGAUCCGUAAGCCGACCUGGGACAAGCCAAGCCCUGAAACCUACGUCCAAUCAGCUCUGAAUACGGUGGGCUUACAGACGCAGACCAAUGGCUACCUGCCCCACGCCAUCAUGGGUUGGAUCAGCACCUCCCUUGUGCCGGUCUCCACCGCCAUCAGCCUGGGCAUGAAGAUGAACAAGGGUCUCCGCGCUCGGUUCUUGAAGAGAGCGAAACAAAAAUAGGAGGCGGGGCUACUGUGGCCCUCGGCACUUACAGCCAAGAGACUGCGCCAACACCACCAACCAAAGGAACCUGCCCAGUCUGCCUUGAUCUCUGAGCAGGAAUGUGCCACCCAGUGUGCUAUGGCAGCUCCCUUCCCCAGAAACUAGUUUACUAACCCACCUAUGCAGGCUGCACAGCUAACUAACUGGAGGGCGAGAUGGGACUGAUCAUGUGAUCUGCACUGUGUAUGGAAUGUUCUACUGCACUCAGCUGUCCCCUGCUCCCUAGCAAUGGAUUAACCCCGAUUAGUAAUAAAUCCGUAACAAAA